GGAGUCAGCUGCCUUACUGCUGGGUACCGACGGGUACUGGCGGGGAGAGCUCGGGUGGUGCGGGUUUAGGACACCUCCUGCAGCCUGUGGUCUGCACGGUGCGCACGGGGUCUGUGUCUCACGCUCGAGCGGAGGCGGAAGGAGGGUUUCUGAUUUGCCAAACAGCAUCAGCAGCACUCUGGUGGUUCUGUGCGCUCACAGAGGAGCGGGGAGGAUGCAGAGGAGGGAGAGGCUCAGAGAGACACGGUGAUGCGGUGACACAUGGCAGCCUGCACCGCCUGCACGCUCUGACUGCGGCUCCCACUUUCCAUUCACCGGGAAACGGGAGAGGCUGCACACUGGGAUGCUGAGAGGCGCUGCUGGGAGGCUGGAGGCUGCUGCAACCACCGAGCAGGAUCAACCACAGACAAACAAGCGGUAGAAGACACUGGGGACUGUGGAGACCGCUGAUCGGAUAGCCUGCUGAUUAUUCUGCUUGUUGGCCGUACAGUGUGCCUGCUGAUUUUUAUCCCCGCCGAGCCGCCGUAGCGAUGGGAGAUAACAUGUCCAAGCGGCUGAAGCUGAUCUCGGCUACAGAGGCAGAGAUGGAGGAGCGCUCUUUCCCAAACCCGUACCCGGACUGGGACCAAGGAGUCCUCACCUCCAACUCCGGAGCAGACGGAGACUACAAUGAGCCGUUUGACGCGGAAGGAAAGGUGAGCGCUGCAUUCCAGAAGAAGGUCCAGAAUAAGAUCAAAGAUCUCCUAGAGCAGAUGGAGGAAGGCCUGAAGACCGCCGACCCCCAUGACUUCUCCACCUACACCGGCUGGACAGGCAUCGCCUUACUGUACCUCCAGCUGCACCGGGUGACCCACGAGGCCGCCCACCUGCAGAGGGCACUGGACUACGUGAAGAGGAGCAUGAGGAUCCUGAAUGGCCGUAAAGUGACAUUCCUGUGUGGCGACGCGGGGCCGCUGGCAGUGGGCGCGGUGGUUCACCACAAACUGAAUAACACUGCUGACAGUCAAGACUGUCUGUCCAGGCUCCUCCAGCUGCAGAGGUCGGUGCUGAGUCCCGAAUCUGAGAUGCCAGACGAGCUGCUGUAUGGCCGGGCCGGCUACCUCUACGCUCUGCUCUACGUUAACAAAGAGAUAGGAGCUGACACGGUGGAUGAGGGCACCAUUACAAAGGUGGUGACUGCCAUUGUGGAAUCAGGGAAGAACAUGUCAGCAGAGCAGAAGAAGACGGACCGCUGCCCUCUGCUCUACGAAUGGCACAAGAAGCAGUACAUUGGUGCUGCCCAUGGCAUGGCUGGCAUCUAUUGCAUGCUCAUGCAGCCAGGAGCUAAGGUCCACUCAGACAUCCUGUCGGAGCUGGUCCGUCCCAGCAUCGACUACGUCCGCCACAAGAGGUUCCGUUCAGGGAACUUCCCGUCAUCGCUGAGUAACGAGAGUGACCGUCUGGUUCACUGGUGCCACGGAGCCCCUGGUGUCAUCCAUAUGUUCAUCAUGGCUUAUAAGGUGUUUAAAGAGGAGAAGUACUUGAAGGAGGCUGCAGACUGUGCUGAGGUGAUCUGGCAGCGAGGCCUGCUCAGGAAAGGCUACGGCAUCUGCCACGGCACCGCUGGCAACGGCUACGCCUUCCUGUCCCUUUACAAGCUCACGCAGGAGAAGAAAUACCUGUACCGCGUCUGCAAGUUUGCUGAGUGGUGUUUGGCCUAUGGGACCCACGGCUGUCGCAUCCCAGACAGACCCUACUCUCUUUUUGAAGGUAUGGCGGGGGCCAUCCACUACCUGUCAGAGGUGGCAGAGCCUGAAGCCUCCUGCUUCCCUGCCUUUGAGCUUUGACCUGCCAACUGAUGUGACUGAGGAUGAUGAAGGGGAAGAGGGACAAAGUGUUUUGGACCAAACUUGAGUCUUUGCUCAAGAGCUGGACAAGGAUGUAUUUGUGAUGCAGCUUUCAACCUGGGUCAUGAGCAAGUAGUGACCGAAAUACACUGAAAAUGAACUGAGCAGUGUGAGUUGGGUCAUGAUAUUGAUAAUGUGCAAAAGGACAAAGGGAAGAUUAAUUUUGGACAAAACCACAGGUUGAAUGUUGUUGAUCCAGUGAAAAUAAAAGCCAGACUGAAGAGGACAUAUUUGUCUUUCUGAAGAUGGACACUUACAUCCUGCGGAGCCUAUCAUUGGAACUCUGUCCAAACAUGUGAGUCUUUCAGCUCUGAGGUCCCCCGUCAUCCUCCAGUGUGUUGGGGCAAAGACAUGGACCCCAUGUCUCUUCCUCACCCAAUUAAUCGCCAGCUGGCAUGGACACACAAGAACACACUCUAACCCUCAGCCUUUAAUAUCAUAGCACCUAGGCCAAGAAAGAGGGUGAGUGUGUGUGCGUGUGUGUGUGUGAAGUGAACUAAAGCUGUUUUGGUAUUUCUAUGCCUCUGCAUGCUCACUGUAACUGGCUCUUGGUGCCUCAUAUUCUGUCCGUGUAGUGAUUUCCCCUUCCUGUGUUUGUAGGUGUGCUGUUUCACUUCUCCAGGUGUUUGUCACAUGGUGGAGAAAGGUUUCUCUGUCAACUUUCAUUUUAUGAACACAAGCAUAGUUUAAAGAUCACCAGACAUUUGCGAAGCUAACCAGUAUAUCAGCUGUUAAGUCUUAAGUUUCUCUUUAAUUUCUGUGUAAGGAACUGCAAUAAUAUGACAGAUAUAGUGCAUAUUUUUUUCAUUUCCAAGUGACAAUAACAAUGUUUUUGGUGAGUUUUGGUUCAGAAUGUUGCGACAAGACUGUCCACUUCUGUGGUGACUGACUAGAGAGUGUCAUACAGUAUUGUACACAAGCCCUUGUUGGCCCUUUUUUGGACGAGUCUAUUUAGUUUUUGGUGUCAGUCAUUAGGUAUUUCAGCCUCAUGUCGUGUUUAGUACAACAUUAAUUAUUUGGGAGGCCGUGUUGCGCUAUUUAGUCCUAUAACACUCUAGAGGCUAGUGCUUUGCUUGCUAAAGUUAGCACUCAUUUCCACUUAGCGUUCAUUUUUGAUGAUGUUAUUUCAGCUCCUGCACACUCUGUGUUGUCUUUGUCCCACGUGAUAUGAUGGAGGGGUCCAGUUCGUGUUAGCGGUCUCUUCUGAGUCCAGUCUGGCACAGGGUAACGUAGUCCCCCAAUGCCAGAUGGAUCCCUUACAGACUCAUUGAUUCAAGCCCUAAGCCCUUACAGACCUAGGACCAAUUCCAUUUCUUCCCCUUAGCCCUUGUCUUGGUCAGGUUAAGAGCUAACCUGACGGAGAAUUGGGACACCACUUCCCCUCACGUGAACGCGCAAAACCAAGGGGAAGGGCCAAGACUAGGGCUAAGUGGAAGAAAUGGAAUUGGUCCUAGGUCUGUAAGGGCUUGAGUCAGUGAGUCUGUAAGGGAUCCAUUUGGGAUUGGGGGAUUGGGUCAUGUAAGAAGGGCUGAAGUCACAAAGGGGACUAAUGUUCAGAAACGGCAAACACUGUGCCCUUAUUUCUGGUAACUGACCCUUCGCUAAGCCGGGUGUGCAGAUGAACGGUGUCUGGCUUCGCCCAGAGCUCCCAGCCCAUCUGGUAGCAGAGGGACAGGUGCUGGCGUCGGCACAGAGAGGAAGCCAAACACCGUUCAAUGCACAAUGCGGUCACUGGUUCCUGUACAGCAGGGUCGGUCUUUGUUUCACUGUUAUAAUCGUUAAGUCAUCGUUAACCUCAACGUUAACUUCUGUGGUGUUCAGUUUGUCACAUUUAUAGCAUCAGUCCGGUUUAACACUUAGUGGUGAGACGGACGUGCGCAAGCAGGUCAAGUUGGAAAGUGUUAAAUGUAUGCAUUUCAUUUUCUGACAUAUUACAGAAGAUCACAUUUAAAUUUCACUUAUCUGAAAAGAGGGUUAACUCACCGUGGGCAAGUAUUAAUGUUGAGUCCUGUGACAGGAAAGAAAAACGCUUUGGUGGACACGUAACGCCACCAGGUUGUGGACUGAUGAUUUAUUUAAUCUUAAGAUAACCUGUGCAGGUUUUUCCCCCGUCAACAAAUCAGUUGGUAGAUGAGUAUGUAGAAUUCCAGUCUACCAAAAUUUUCUUUGGUUGGUUAAAGCCCUAGUGUGAAGUCACAAGCCACUGUCCCCCAGCUGAGGCUUUCCCCCACAAUGUGACAAGUGACUGAUGGUUUAAAAUCAAAGUUAGAGCGCCGGUUUGUGCAUUGGUCCUUUACCUAGCAGACACAACAAUAACGUUAGCUUGCAUCUGUCAGCACGCACUGGCUUUCAAAACAUUUGAAAGUGAACAGUAGGUACGGCCACAUGAGGUUUUGAGUACAAUAUAUUAUGCCUUAAACUUUCCCCACCCAACCACGCCUCACUUUGGUUCCUCUCUUCGCCGAUAACCCACUACUGUUGUAGGUACAAACACAGCUGAGGAAUCAAACCUCUGUCUCGUCUACAUUUAUGAGUUGUCCGAUAAGAAAUAAGCCCUAACACCUAAGGUGAGAUCUACUGACAGCACCCAAAGUAACGUCUGCGUCAUCAACUGAAACAGAACGUCCUGGACUAUUUAGAGUACCAUCUAGAAACUACAUGAGUGUUGCUACCAUUUAGGUUCAGGUGCCAUCUGGGUUCAGGACUCUGUCAGAGCUUAGCCUAAAACUGAUGUUUUUGAAAUCUUCAGCUGAUCGGCAGGCCAACAAUUUGCUGAAAAAGCAAAUAUAUUCAAAACCACCUUUGAAAUAAGAAAUUCGAGAUGUGGUAGCAGUAGCUGAAAAGGGUUGGUAGACAUCACAUAAACUAAAGAAAGACCAAAGAAGAAGUCGCAGGUUCUCAACAAGGGAGGUUUCUAACGACUGAUUUCCCUGAUGUCUAAACAGAAGUUUAACUAAAAACUAAAAGUAAGAAAACACCCUGACAGGCAAGGUCAUUAUUUAUUUAUUUAUUUAUUUUGCUGGCAACAUUGGCCAAAACCUGAAUUUACCUCUAAGUUUGUUUUUUUUAAAUAAUUUUGCUAUUUUUGCUGUUUUUUUUCUAUAGUUUCAUUAUUGCUGCAGAACAAUGGCAGCAAGUGAUGUGGAACAUCAGAUAUUUGUAGUUAGUUAACUGAAAAAAGUAAAACCAUUUAUUAUUUCCUGCAUUUUGCUGAACUUUCAGUGUCCUCUGUAUUGUGCACUCAGCUUGUCAUUUUGCACAGCUUUGUCACUGUUAAAACAGACCGAAUAAAGGUUAAAGUUUAAUAUCUCCAACAAAGAAGAUAAUAUCUCCAACCUCGGAGAUAAUAUCCCAUGUAAAGGAAAUAGUAUAUCCUACCCAGGAGAUAACAUGUACAAGACAAUAUCUCCUACCUAGGAGAUAACAUCCAACCCAGGAGAUAAUAUCCCAUGUAAAGGAAAUAAUAUAUCCUACCUAGGAGAUACCGUCCUAUAUGAGGGAGAUAAUAUCACAUAUGUAGGAGAUAACAUCGCAUUUGUAGGCGAUAAUGUCUCCUACCUAGGAGAUAACAAUAGGAGGAAAAAGGAGGGAGUAUCAACAGUAUAAUAGUAUAAUAACUAACCCUUUAAAACCUGAACAAAUUGGCCCAAUUCCUUUUGAAAACACACACACAAAAGGCAAUGAGCAGCUUUACAAGAAAUAACCAAACAAUUAGCAAAUAAUUAGUUAAAGUUACAGAAAAAUGUCUUGAAAAAUAGUUUUCAUUUCAUUUUUUCCUUUUUUAUUUAAAAAUUCUUUUUUUUUGUCAGUUUUUGCAAUUUUCAUUCAAUUUGCAGGACAUUUCUUGCCAAGCUGUUCAUUGUCUUUUCUUGCACGUUUCCAAAAGAAAUCAGUUCGCUCAGGUUUCAAAAACGUGUGUGUGUGUGUGUGUGUGUGUGUGUGUGAACCCAAUGUGAACCUGCCGUGCCAAACACAUUAAUGUUUCACUGCUGGAACAUUGUGUGAAGCAUUUAAAGUUAUACUUUAAGCACACUCAGUUUCUGAAAGUAUUUUACUAGCAGACGUGAUAAGAUCCACAACAACACCCAAAAAUUGGUGAUUUAAACAUUUUUUAGUUGUUUUUCUUUUAAUAUUUGACGAAAGCCUUCGGUACAAAACUAGAGUUGACCAGCAGUUAGUCUCGCUCACCAGACCUUUCUCAAGAAAAGAAAGGUCUGGCUGAGCUGACUCUCACUUUAAGAUUGGAGAAAAAAACACCCCGGCUGCUUGUGCUUCUUUCAACCAAUCACAAUCGUU